AUGGAUGAUGGGAAGCCAGUAUGGGCGCCCCACCCCACCGACGGGUUCCAGCUGGGCAUGAUCGUUGACAUAGGAGCCGACACGCUCACCAUAGAGCCAUUGAACCAGAAGGGCAAGACCUUUCUUGCUCUGAUCAGCCAAGUCUUCCCAGCAGAGGAUGAUGUCAACAAACUUGUAGAUGACAACUGUUCCCUUAUGUACUUGAAUGAAGCCACUCUUCUCAACAAUGUCAGAGUGCGGUACAAUAAAGACCACAUCUAUACAUAUGUGGCCAAUAUAUUGAUAGCUGUGAAUCCUUACUAUGACAUCCCCAAACUGUAUGGGCCCGACUCCAUCAAGUCGUACCAGGGGAAGUCACUGGGAACUCUGCCACCUCACGUCUAUGCUAUAGCUGACAAAGCCUACAGGGACAUGAAGGUUCUCAAGAUGAGCCAGUCCAUCAUCGUUUCCGGUGAAUCUGGCGCUGGCAAGACUGAAAACACCAAGUUUGUUCUCAGAUAUCUCACCACAACAUAUGGAAGUGGUCAAGAUAUUGAUGAGAGAAUUGUAGAAGCAAAUCCCCUCCUCGAGGCCUUUGGAAAUGCGAAGACAGCCCGGAAUAAUAACAGCAGUCGCUUUGGGAAGUUUGUGGAAAUCCACUUCAGUGAGAAGAACGCGGUUGUGGGUGGAUUCGUCUCUCAUUACUUGCUAGAGAAGUCGAGGAUUUGCAUGCAAAGUAACGAUGAGAGGAACUACCACAUCUUCUACAGGCUGUGUGCCGGGGCAUCCGAGGACAUAAAGAAGAAACUGCACCUGGAUUCUCCAGACAGCUUCAGGUACCUCAACCGAGGAUGCACCAGAUAUUUUGCCGGCAAGGACUCUGAUAAACAAAUAAUGCAAAACCGCAAGAGUCCUGAGGACAAUAAGCAUUUGAACGUCGGUUCUCUGAAGGACCCCCUUCUUGAUGACCUGGGUGACUUCAAUAGGAUGUGUGUGGCCAUGAAGAAGAUCGGUCUGGACGACACAGAGAAGCUGGACCUGUUCAGGGUGGUUGCCGGCGUUCUGCAUCUCGGCAACAUUGACUUUGAAGAGACAGGGAGCUCCUCAGGUGGCUGUGUCCUGAAGAAUCAGUCAGGCCAGACUCUAGAGUACUGUGCUGAUCUGCUGGGUCUGGACCAGGAUGAUCUGCGUGUCAGCCUCACAACCAGGGUCAUGCUCACUACAGCAGGGGGCGCCAAAGGAACAGUUAUCAAGGUGCCUCUAAAGGUGGAACAAGCUAACAAUGCCCGCGAUGCCCUGGCAAAGGCAGUGUACAGCCGCCUCUUUGAUCAUGUGGUCAAACGAGUAAACCAGUGUUUCCCCUUCGAGUCGUCCUCCAACUUCAUCGGGGUGCUGGACAUCGCUGGGUUUGAGUAUUUUGAACACAACAGCUUUGAGCAGUUCUGUAUCAAUUACUGCAAUGAGAAACUGCAGCAGUUCUUCAACGAGCGCAUUCUGAAAGAGGAGCAAGAGCUGUAUCAAAGGGAAGGGCUGGGAGUGAAUGAAGUGCACUAUGUUGACAACCAGGACUGCAUAGACCUAGUAGAAGCAAAGCUGGUGGGAGUCCUGGACAUUUUGGAUGAAGAGAACCGUCUUCCUCAGCCCAGCGACCAACACUUUGCACUGGCUGUUCAUAGCAAGCAUAAAGACCACUUCAGACUGACGGUUCCCAGGAAGUCAAAGUUGACCAUUCAUAGGAAUCUCCGGGAUGACGAGGGCUUUAUCAUCAGGCACUUUGCUGGAGCUGUCUGCUAUGAAACAACUCGGUUUGUGGAGAAGAAUAAUGAUGCCCUCCACAUGUCCUUGGAGAGCUUAGUGUGUGAAUCAAAAGACAAAUUUGUUCGAGAGCUGUUUGAGAACUCCAGCACCACCAAGGACUCCAAACAGAAAGCGGGAAAACUCAGCUUCAUCAGCGUUGGCAACAAGUUCAAGACCCAACUUAACCUGCUACUAGAAAAGCUUCGGAGUACUGGCUCAAGUUUUAUCCGCUGUGUAAAACCCAACCUUAAGAUGGUCAGCCACCAGUUUGAAGGAGCUCUGAUUCUCUCACAGCUGCAGUGUUCAGGAAUGGUGUCAGUGUUGGACCUGAUGCAGGGGGGCUUCCCCUCCAGGGCCCCCUUCCAUGAGCUCUACAACAUGUAUAAACAGUAUAUGCCUGACAAGCUCACACGCCUGAAUCCACGACUCUUCUGCAAGGCAUUAUUCAAAGCUCUGGGGCUAAAUGACAGUGACUUCAAGUUUGGAUUGACCAGAGUGUUCUUCCGCCCUGGAAAGUUUGCUGAGUUUGACCAGAUUAUGAAGUCUGAUCCGGACCACCUCGCAGAGCUGCUUAAGAAAGUCAACACGUGGUUGGUGUGCAGCCGCUGGAAGAAGGUCCAGUGGUGCAGCUUGUCUGUCAUCAAACUUAGGAACAAGAUGAGUUACAGAGCUUUAGCCUGCAUUAAGAUUCAGAAAACUGUCCGGAUGUGGUUGUGUAAGAGGAAGCAUAAGCCACGCAUUGAUGGUAUGGUGAAGGUUCGAAACCUGAAGAAACACAUGGAGAGGUUCAACGAGGUGGUGAACGGGCUGAAGGAGGGCAAGCAGGAGAUGACCAAACAGGUUCAGGAGCUGGCCACCGCUAUAGAUGCUCUGUUAGCAAAGAUAAAGGCCACAGUGAUGACCUGGAAAGAGAUAGACAUAGAGUACCAGGGGCUGGUGAAACGCUCAGAGCAGCUGCUCUCUUCAAUGCAAAAGAAGAAGCAGGAGGAGGAAGAGAGCGAGAGGCUGAAAUGCAUCGAGGAGGAGAUGGAGAAAGAGAGGAAGGGGAGGGAGAAGGAAGAACAACGACGCAAACAGGAGGAAGAGGACAGAAGACUGAAAGCAGAGAUGGAGCUAAAGAGGAAGCAGGAGGAGGAGGAUAGAAAAAAGAGAGAGGAGGAAGAGAAAGUAAUACAGGCAGAGCUGGAGUUUGAGCUGGCUCUGAAGCGUGAGGAGCAGGUCCAGCAUGCCACCAUGCUGGAGCAGGAGAGAAGAGACAGGGAGUUAGCCAUGAGAAUUGCUCAAAAUGAAGCGGAGCUCAUCACUGAGGAGGGGCAGUUGGAUGCAAGCCUGCGCAGGGGUCCUCUGGUACAGGCAACCAAAGCCGCUGCUGGUGUGAAGAAGUAUGACCUCAGCAAGUGGAAGUAUGCUGAACUGCGAGAUGUCAUCAACACUUCCUGUGACAUUGAGCUGCUGGCAGCCUGCAGAGAGGAGUUCCACCGUCGUCUGAAGGUCUAUCAUGCAUGGAAGUCCAAGAACAAGAAACGUAAUGAUGAUGGAAGUGAUCAGAGGGCUCCUAAAUCUAUCACCGACUAUGCGGAACAGAACCCCGCUCCUCCAAUGACAGCCCAGCAUCAGGAAGUGGCCAUGAACCGCCAGCAGCGAUAUUUCCGCAUACCUUUCAUCCGGCCGGCCGACCAGUACAAAGACCCCCAGAAUAAAAAGAAGGGCUGGUGGUACGCCCACUUCGAUGGGCCCUGGAUAGCCAGACAGAUGGAGCUUCACCCAGACAAGCAACCUAUUGUGUUGGUUGCAGGGAAAGACGACAUGGAGAUGUGCGAACUGAGUCUAGAGGAGACGGGUCUGACCAGGAAGAGGGGCGCUGAGAUCCUGCCCAGGCAGUUUGAAGAAAUCUGGGAACGCUGUGAUGGAAUUCAGUACCUCAAGAAAGCCAUUGAGAACAAGCAGGCCCGCCCCACGCACGCCACCGCCAUGCUGCAGAGUCUCCUCAAGUGAACCCCAGCAGCAAGAGAAGAGCACAGCCCCGAGUUUGGUCCUGAAACAUGACACUGAUACACAGACUCUCAAACACAAACACGCACGUUCAAGGGCAGCACAGUGCACCUGUGGUUUGUGGGAUGAAAAGGAGUAACCACAGAGAAAGAUGCUCCCUAUACAAGCUCAGUGUAGGCACUCACUCACUCAUCUCCUUUUUAAAUAAUGUUUAUUUUCACUUUUUAUAUCUAUAUUUUGGAGUGAAACACCUUAUUGGUGUAGCGUUAGCAUUCAUGUUCAGUCUUACUCUCAAUCUAUGCUUGAAUGGAAUAUCCCACUGAGAGGCCUUAAACUGCAAUAUCACUGCACUACGCCGAGGAAGUCUUAACUGAUGCAGAGCCGAUCUAGUAACUGUAACAGCCUCUUAACCUGAAACCUUAACGGUCUGCAAUAAGGACAAAAGAUUAAGACUUUUAGAGAAAAUAUGUAGAGGUGCUUUUAAUAGCAAUAUUGUCUUUCAAGUCAUGCUUUAUGGUCAUCUGAAUAUUAAGUUUAUAUAAUUUAUAUAUAAUAUUAAAUAUUAAAAUUUUCAAACAUUCGGCUUAAAAAGGAAGAAAAAGCUUCUCCUACUCGGUUUUGUUGAAAGUACCGAAAGAUGACUGUAAUCAUAGAUAGAAUAUCACAACUACAACGAACAAGUUAUAUUUCUAUACAUGUUUAUGUAAUUAUGUUAUACAGUUUUCAAGUUCAAUAUUAAAAUUAUUAUAUUUCAAUCCUCCAUCCACUACGAAUUUGACACAUGAGAAAUAAUGGGUCAAAAUCAUGCACACAAUAUAACAUCCCAAAUGUAAUCAUAGAAUGUAUUUUUGUUCUAAGAUGUACUUUUUAAGAAAGAUGAAAGUGAUGGGUUUACUACAAAAAUGUAUCCAUCCAUUAUUUUCUUGCUUCGUAUACACAACUUUUACUUUUUUUGUAUUGUUGUUUAUUUCUUAUUCAAGAGGGAAAUGUGGAAGUCUGUUUUCAUGUUUGCAGUUUUGUGGGUUUUACAGACAAUAAUGUAACUUUUGUGCGUGUGGUGUGUGUGUGCUCAUGUGAUAUUUUAUUAAGCUGAUUACUUGACUUCUCUGACGGUUAGGUCAGGAAGAUUUCAGUCAUCUCAUUGGACAAUCAUGCAAUACCUUAAUUUAAGCUCACACUUAUUUACUGAAAGAUAAAGUAGACUGUUGUAACUAAUGAUUCACUUUCAAGUGUUCCCUCUUGGAUCUGGUUGUAUGUUGGCCUUUGCACUGGUUUACUGUAGAAAAUAAAUGUGUGCCCCCAUGUUUUCAAAUCCAUUUUGUUGCUAAGUCACUAAGUGAGAAUGAGUCAAUUCACAGACUUGGUAAAAUAGCUGUUAGUGGUCAGUGUUCUGUUAAUGGAUCUGACCUCCGGACGGUAACAGCAGCUAAUAAGAUUAGAGUGUAGAUUAAUUAAACAACAAAGGCUAAUGUGCUGCUGAUGUCAUCACUGAGCUGAGGCUCGCUCCCAGUAAGUGAUCAACUGGAUUAAAACAGAUUUAUCGUUCUCUUUUGUAGAUGUUUUCUUUAUAUUUUAGGUUUUUCUGUAUUUACGUCACCGACAAACAUCAAUUGAUAAUUCUAACAACAUAUAAUAAACACAUUAAUGAAC